CUCUGUAUAGUUGUAGACACCACCUCUGAGUGUAGCAUUCUUCUAUCUUAUUAUUCUUAUUAUUUUGCUUUGCGAAUAAGCUUUAGCAGUUGCCUGUUCUGCAACGUUGGCUAUUAAUUCACCUUUGCACUCCUGUAAGUCCACAAUUUCUGCACGGAAAAGUUGGAAUGUUUUUAAGACCCCAUUGAGAACAAUGGAUUUCAAGGUAAAAGCAGCAGACAGAAUGAUGCUUCCUAAAGGGAUUCCUCUGCUUGUUCUUCUUAUGGGCUCCUGCACCAGCUCAAAUAAAGAGCUAAUACAUGUGCCUGAGAAAACAGAACAAAUUGAUGAAGGAUCAUGUGUAACCAUUCCCUGUUUUUACAAAAAAACAGAGGAGGAAACAUAUACUCUGUUGUGGUUUAAAGAUCCAAAAUUUAAUAAAGCAUUAAAAAUGUUUAAUGGGACUAUUGUAUACAGUAACACAGACAAACGUCCCCAGUCUCUGGAUUACUCCGGCAGAGUGGAAAACAUCACUGAUGCAACACCACAAGAAAACAAAGAAGACAGGAUAAAAUGUGAUUUAAGAAUCACCGAUCUGCAAAAGACAGACAGUGGGAACUACACAUUUAGAUUUAUUGGAUCAGACAAAAGGUUCAUGAGUAAAGCUCUGUCUCUCAAAGUUAAAGACAAUCCUUGUAAGGUGCACAUUGAAACAUCAGAGCUGAAGAAUCCACUCAAUGAGUCAGAAGAAUUCACUGUUCGCUGUUCCACAUUUGGUUCCUGUGAUCUUCAACCUGAGUGGCUCGACCACACAUCAGGACAAAAGCAAGAAUGGACAUCCUCCUUGUCGACUGAUAUGAUUAUAGAGACUGAAGAGGGAAAAGAAGGCAGAAAGGUCACCAAAUUGAAGCUCAAAGUGACAUGGAAGGAUGACAACAGGAUUCUGUCUUGUCGUCCAGCGAAGAGUGAGGACAGCUGCCAGAUCAGGAAUGUCACACUGUUUGUGGAACAUGCACCUCAAGAGACAAAAGCAACAGUGAGCUCUGAGGAUGUAAAGGAGGGAGAUUCUGUCACUCUCUCCUGCACCAGCAGAGGUCGCCCUGAUGUCAGCUUCUCAUGGUUCAAAAAGGAGAACAUAGAAAAGUCUCAACAAAUGUCUGACUCGAAACUAACUAAUGUGAAACCAGAAGACAGUGGAGAAUAUUACUGUGAAGCUAAAAACAAGCAUGGCACAAACGAAUCAAAUAUCAUCGUAAUCAAUGUAAAAUAUGGUCCAAAAGUGGUCACAGUGGAACCUCAGGGCAGCAUUAAUGAUCUUAAAGAGGGAGACAAACUGACACUUAAGUGUUUAGUGAAGGAAAGUAACCCACCAGUCAAGCAGUUUACAUGGUACAAAAACUACCACGUGCUACAACAAACCAGCGAGACAUUAACCAUCAUUAAAGUGACAGCAGAUGAUACAGGAUCUUACCAUUGCAAGGUCAAUAAUGGUAUUAAAACAGCGGAGUCAAAUACAAUUACAGUAUCUGUAAAGUAUUCACCAAGAAGCAUCAAAAUAGAGGGCACAACCUCUGUAAAAGUGGGCACUCCACUGACUUUGACAUGCUCAGCUGACGCUGAGCCUCAGCCACACACUUACAAAUGGAAGCACACACCUGGACUGUCUUCUGUCCCAUUAUCAAUGGAAACUAGACAGUUAAACAUUGAGAAAGUGACCAUUCAACAUGCAGGACUGUACACAUGUGAUGUUACCAACGCUAUUGGCACAGGAUCAAACACCACUGAAAUUAAUGUGCUUUACCCUCCAUCUAAUCUCAGUUUGACCAUGAAGAGGGAAGUGAGAGAGUUUGACGUGAUCUCCAUUAUCUGCACGGUUCAAAGCUUUCCUGAAUCACACUUCACAGUGACAGGACCUCUCGGUGGUCUGAGAUAUAUUCAGGAAAAUCGAAGAAACAUCACUGCAUCUGCAGACAUGCUGACUGUCUACUUGAAUGUCACUGAGUCAGAUGCAGGAAUGUACACAUGCAGAGCAGAAAAUCAAGAGGGAAAAUAUGAUGUUAAAAAAGAGCUAAAUGUGUUGCAUGCACCCAAAAAUGUGACUGCAAAAAUUAAAGGAGAACAAACAUUUGGGAAUGAGCUGACCCUUACAUGUGAGGCUCGCGCCAAUCCUGCUCCAUCCUCAUAUGAGUGGAAGAAAUGCUUCAAUGGACAGUUAAAUAAUGUUGAACAGAAACAUGAACAGAGACUACGCUUUCUUUCUCUGGAAAUCUCUGACUCUGGUCAGUAUGCCUGUAUUGCUCGUAAUUCCAUUGGAAAAACAGAAUCCCCUUGUGUAGAGAUCAAGGUGAAAUACGCUCCAAAUAUAAAAAUUGUCCAUAACAUGACAACUUUAACUCAGUGGAAUUGGGAGUUUCCAGUCUAUCUGACCUGCAGUGCAGAUGCUUAUCCUCCUGCCACAGUCUUCAAUUGGUACAGAGAGGAGGACAACAAGACCGCACUGUCAGAACAUCAGAACUUCACUGUUCAGCCUCAGAACCCAGGAAUGUAUUACUGUACAGCAGCCAAUGCUAUCGGAGAAUCUCGAUCCAAAAACAUCAUGUUAUUUACCGGCAAUAACUCUCUUACGGUGUUCUACCAGAUCAUCUUACCCAUCAUUCUCCUGUUGAUUCUUAUUGUUGUGGCCAUCUUUCUGAUACGCAGGACUAUCAUCAAGGCAAGAUCAGAUCAGCAAAGUGGAGCAGAUAAUCCUUUGUGCUUUUUUCCUGUAUUCCUGUCACGCUCUUCUACAGUGACAAACUUACUAUUAUUGGGAUCACGUAAUAAUACCCAGGAGAAUCUGUCAGUGGCGGGAAUUCCUGAUUCAGGUUAUGGAAGAGUUAAUCAUUCACGUCCGACACCCAAUUCCCAAGAUCCUACUCGAACACAGGACCCUAAUCCAAGUCCGAAAUCUAAUAUCCACACAGUGUAUGCUGCUAUUAAACUGCCACAAAUGAAACAGAGAAGACAGUCCCCAAAACAACAAACAACUAGAAAUAUAGACAAUGACACCCUAAACUAUGUCACUCUUGAUUUCAAGGGGAAAAAUGAGCCAGAAAAAAGAGUACCUGAAGGAUCAGCAGUCUAUGCUAUGGUGUCAAAAAAUAAGCAGACAAUGAAUUUCCAAUCAGAAAAUCCAGAUUAUGAAAAUGUUUCUUCUCCGUGUGUGCCAAAACUCACAAAUAUGGACUGGGAAUCUGAUACCAGUGAAGAAGAUGAAGUGAAUUACUCCACUGUGUCUUGUUCUGCCAAAUCUGCUGUUAAAGAACCCAGACAUAAGCAGAGGGCCGCCUUAAGUUCAAGCUCUGAUGACGAGGACGGAACUGAAUAUUCAGCUAUUAAAACAUAAACACAAGGAGUUUCCAAUUUAAGUAUUAAAACUAAGUAUUAUAUCCUUUAUCUGUAUUAUAGUUAUAAAUGCUGUGAAAUAUAUUUCACUACAUUGUGUGAAAUGCAACAAUAUAGCUUUGUAAUUUCAUUUAACAUUUUGUAUUUGCCACUGCUGAACAGUCAAGCUGAGAGUAUUUGACUGGUUGCAUAAAACUGUGAUUUAAAAACAAAAAAGUCUCCUGGGCUCAGUGAUUUCAAGAAUUAGUUAUGCCACAAGUCUGUUAUAAUAUGAGAAGCAAAUAAUUGUUCACAAAUAAGAUAAUUUAAGAUGAAACUUUAAUUGGGCAAUAAAAUAACUGAAUCAUAUUUAUUAGUCAUAUACAAAAGUAGUAGAGAAAUUUUUAACAAUCAGCAUAUUUUACAUAUGUG